AUGACCCUCCUGUUCCUGCUAGUGAGCUACGUUCUGUUCGCCUUCAAGUUUGUCUUCUGGAAAACCCUGUUUCAGAUAAAAUGUACAAGAGCAAUUGGAAUUGAUGAAAGAAACACUGGUGAAAUGUCAUCAACGACUUCUCUUGCACUGGUGAGAUCAUCCUCUUCUACCCAGUCAGCUAAGAGCAAUACUGAUAAGUGUCGUUCAGUCAACAGUCAAUGGGAUAUUAAUCUCCAAAACUCGAUAGCCAUGCAGAGGAAAAUAUUUGUAAACCUCAGCAUCAUGGAAUACAAUCUGGCUGAAUUGGAACGAUUCCUAGUUACUAAGGGUUUAAAUCGUGCAUUAAGUUAA